AGUUGGUAUCGGUUCUCUCGUUGGGAAGUUCAUUCGCUAGCGAUCUUUCGGUGUGCACCAGCAGCGAUCUCGACGCGCGAGUUUCGAAGGGCCGGCGGUCGGCGAGGUUUGUCGGCGGUUCGCGGUUUCUGUGGCGGUUUAUUUUUUUUUGUUGGUUCGGUGCGAGGAUUGUUUGGGAAUUGCUGUUCAGGAUGGAUUGCAUAGACAUGUGUCCCGAAAAUGAAGUGAGGACGUUAUUCGUGAGUGGUCUACCAAUGGAUGCCAAGCCUCGGGAAUUAUAUUUGUUAUUUAGAGCAUAUGAGGGAUACGAAGGAUCGUUACUGAAGGUUACGAGUAAGAACGGCAAAACAGCGUCGCCAGUGGGUUUCGUGACUUUUAACACCAGAGCGGGAGCUGAAGCAGCUAAACAGGACUUGCAGGUGCGUCCCCUUACAGCUUUAAUCAUUCAUCCCCCGCCUACGAGGGCGGCUCAAAAAUCCAUCCAAAUGCUAAUGAACCAGCAAUUUUUCCUGUACGGAUUUUUGAGCCGACCGCAGGGCGUAAGGUUUGACCCCGACAUGCCACAGACCAUCCGACUGGAGUUUGCUAAAAGUAACACGAAGGUUAGCAAGCCAAAACAGCAAGCUGCUAACGCCGCCAACACGCACCCAACUUUGAUGCACCCCCUCACCGGACACCUGGGCACGCCGUUCUUUCCGGGCGCUCCUGAUCUAUGGCACCAUCCUCUGGCGUAUUCUGCAGCCGCCGCGGCGGAGCUGCCGGGCGCGGCGCUCCAGCACGCGACGCUCGUCCAUCCGGCCCUCCAUCCGCAGGUGCCGCCUACGAUGACGAUGCCGCAUCCGACGGCGUUGACGUCCGUGCACGCGGCGUCGCUGCCGCAUUUCCUACCGAGUCCUGCCUUGGCUUCUCCCGUUGGUUCGUCGUCAUCGCAACCCGGCAUGGGAGUGAGCAAUCCGCCUUGUUCCACGCUGUUCGUGGCCAAUUUGGGACAAUUCGUCUCGGAGCACGAGCUCAAGGAAAUAUUCGCGAGCUUUCCUGGCUUCUGCCGCCUGCGCAUGCACACCAAAGGUGGAUCGCCCGUCGCCUUCGUGGAAUACCAGGACGUGAGGUGUGCGGCACACGUCAUGGCGGCCCUGCAAGGCUCCUUUCUGCUCUCCUCGGAUCGCGGCCCCAUCCGAAUCGAGUACGCCAAAAACAAAAUGGCUGCAGAGUGUAAAUCGUUUUUUAGGGAACAAAAGGAGAAGAAAUUGGACAAUCUUAACUCUUACAUGCCUCUAACUACUUGA